AUGGCCUUGAUCGAGUGCGGCGAGGAGGCCGCGAAGCAUUUUGCGUUUGCGAAAGGAUAUCGUAACUUGAACCACGGCUCCUACGGCACCUACCCCAUCGAGAUACGCGAUGUCUUCAGAGACUAUCAGAGCAAGACCGAGGCGCGACCUGACGCCUUUGUCCGAUACGAAUAUCGCACCAAGUUGCUCGAUGAGUCCCGCGAGGCAAUCGCCAAGUACCUGAACGUGCCCACCGACACCUGCGUCUACGUCCCCAACGCUACUACGGCCAUCGAGACCGUUCUCCGAAAUCUCGUGUACAAAGAAGGCGAUGUCAUUGUCUACUUCGCUACCGUCUAUCCUGCCUUUGCCAACACCGCCAAAUGGCUCGCGGAGACCACGCGCGUCCAAGUCCAUUCCAUCGACUACACCCUCCCCGUCUCGGACAAAUACAUCUGCGAUGCCUUCGAAACGACCAUCAGAGAACUCAAAGCCGCCGGCAAAAAUCCUCGCAUCGCCAUCUUCGACGCCAUCAAUUCCCUCCCCUCAGCCCGCAUGCCCUUCGAAGAGCUCGUCAAACUCUGCAAAACCCACAGACUCCUCUCCUGCGUCGACGGCGCCCAUGCAAUCGGCCACAUCCCCCUUGACCUCCCCGCCCUAGACCCGGAUUUCUUCGUCACAAACUGCCACAAAUGGCUCUACGUCCCACGCAGCUGCGCAGUAUUCCACGUCCCACUCCGGAACCAGCACCUCCUCCGCACCACCCUACCCACCAGCUUCAUGUUCGGAAGCCCUUUCGUGGCGAAUUUCUCCUCCGUCGGCACGCUGGACGAUAACCCGUACCUCUGCGUCCCGGCAGCUCUCGAAUGGCGGAAACGGCUUUCCUGGGGAGAUCUGAGAGGCGACGAGGCAGCCAUGGGAUAUAUGCGUAAACUCGCGCGGGCAGGAGGCAAGAUGGUUGCCGGGAUCCUGCAGACGGAAAUUCUGGAGAAUGAAGAAGAAACGCUGGGGAACUGUAAUCUGGUCAUGGUGCGGUUACCCCUGGUGCUCCUCCCUGGGAAAGAUGCUGCGGCAGCCACGAAGAUGAGUGAUUGGGUGAUGAAAGUGGCCAUGUUGGAGGAGAACGUCGCGGUGUAUACCACGUUCUACGCCGGCUCGGUCUGGGCGAGGUUGAGCGCGCAGAUCUAUUUGACCCUGGCGGAUUUCGGGUAUGCUGGUCGGGCGCUGCAGAGAGUAUGUGAGAGGGCACAGCGUGGCGAGUGGGCCUAA